CCGUGGAGGACCAGCUUCAGCUUCUAUUUUUUUUUGUUGGGGUUUACAUUCAAAGUGAAAAAAAAAAAAGCAAACAAACAAACCAUCAAUCUGCCAUCACUGAUCAUUUUCACUUCUCUCAAAAGAAAAAAAUGGGUGUGUUUGGAAUCUCUUGUUCUGGUUGGAUCGAUAAUUGGGAGAUGGAAUCGUACCCAGUCGCUCAAGACUUAAUUUGUCUUCCCUUUUUGGCUCUGCUUUUCCCUUCUGUUCGGCUUUUCCUCGACAGAUUUGUCUUUGAGAGAAUAGCUAGACGCUUGAUGUUUGGAAGAAAGCAUCAUGAGCUGAACUUUGAGAGUCGGUGGAAGAGAAAGAAAGUAAACAAGUUCAAAGAGUCUGCAUGGAAGUGUCUAUAUUACUUUUCAUCUGAGUUUUUGGCUCUUUAUGUUACCUAUAAUGAACCCUGGUUCACUAAUACCAGAUACUUUUGGGAAGGGCCUGGAAAUCAGACUUGGCCAGACCUGAAAAUGAAAUUGAAAUUGAAGGGGUUGUAUAUGUAUGCUGGUGGAUUCUACAUUUACUCCACCUUUGCUCUGGUGUUCUGGGAAACAAGGCGGUCAGACUUUUACGUCACAAUGGCGCACCACUUAGCUUCUGUCACUUUAAUUUUGUUUUCUUACAUGUUAAGGUUUGCUAGAGUUGGUUCAAUCAUUUUAGCUAUCCAUGAAGGAACUGAUGUGAUUUUAGAGUUUGCAAAGAUGGCAAAGUAUAGUGGCUAUGAAGGGGUUGCCAGCGUUUUCCUUGUUCUUUUCAUUUUCUCAUUUACCGUACUGCGCAUUGUUCUCUAUCCAUUCUGGAUACUUUGGAGCACAAGAUAUGAAGUUGUUUCAGUCUUGGGUAAGGAUAAUCCUAUGGUAAAUGGUGUAUAUUACUCUAUGUUUAACACCCUUCUCCUCGGUUUGUUCCUUUGUCACAUUUAUUGGUGGCUAUUGAUGCUUCGGAUGCUCGUGAGGAAAAUCAAGACAAGUAAGCUGGAAGACGAUGUUCGAUCUGACAAUGAAGAGGAAGAAGAACAUGAUGAUUGAUGACCACAAUAAUUGAAGUAUUAUGAUGCGAUUGACAGCCUUUGAUUCUCGGAUAAGUUACCUCCCUGCCUUUGUCCCAUUCUGUAGGGAAUUUGACUUCUAGGCCUUUGAACAUUUCUACGUGUGUUAUGCAAAUUGUAUACUCUGCAAUACUAACUUUUUUAUUACUCUGCAACUUCAGAAGGAAUGUUUAAACAAAUUGUCAACUGUAAAAGCUCUUGGUAUAAGAAUUAAAAAUAUUCAAUAAAAGUGAGGUUGGUAUCAUAA